AUGGCUACUCAAUCGGCUUCUCUCUCACCUCUAGUGUUCAAUGGGGACCAGUAUCACAUUUGGGCUAUUAGAAUGAGAGCCUACCUAAGAGGGCAAGGGUUGUGGCAAUAUGUGGAAGAGGAGAAACAGCCACCACAGCUUGGUCCAAACCCAACUUUGAAUCAAAUGAGAAUGCAUGAGGAGGAAAUGUCCAAAGCUCCAAGAGCUCUUUCUCACAUAUAUUCUGCAGUAACAGACCUUGUAUUUACAAGGAUAAUGGCGUGUGAAACUGCAAAGGAAGCUUGGGAUAGAUUGAGAGAGGAGUUCAUGGGAAGUGAUACAACCCGAAACAUGCAAGUUAUGAACCUGCGGAGAGAGUUCGAAAUGCUGAGAAUGCAGGAGGUAGAGAAAGUUAAAGAGUAUGUAGAUAGGCUUAUGAGUGUGGUGAACAAAAUUAGAUUGUUAGGAGUUGAGAUGAGUGACAAGAUGAUAGUUGAGAAGGUGUUAGUCAGCCUACCGGAAAGAUUUGAGUCCAAGAUAUCUUCCUUAGAAGAUUCAAAGGAUCUCUCCAAAAUCAGCCUCACUGAAUUAGUUCAUGCCCUGCAGGCCCAAGAACAAAGAAGGUUGAUGAGGCAAGAUGACUCAAAUGAAGGCGCUAUGUUGGCUACUCAAAAAGGAGUGAAUGUGUAG